ACCAACCUCGUUCCCAGGACCUGUUAGGUUUUUAUAUUUGGAAGGCCUGACAUAAAAAGCCUAACAGGUCCUGGGACGAGGUUGGAUUAUUACAAAGAUUUUCUUUCAAGCGUACUUCAGUUCUAGAGACACAGACAAACUCCUCGACAUGUCAAGGUUGUUGAUAGUGGUGUUGGCAGCUUUUGUUGCCCCACUUCCAGCUGAAAAAAAUUGCACAUGGCAAAAUACAGUUGUUUAUGGACAAUUUAUCAAAUCCAUUCGCCUCACACACCCUGCAGGAGUGGUAGUUACCUGGGAAGUUGAAAAAGGAACCAGUAACAUCACAAUCGCGCAUAACAGCCAUGUAUCACACAACAUUACGUACAAAAACGAUGAAAUGAUUUUGAAAGUACAACUCACUAAAAAAGCUAUGGCAACAACGACUAAUGUCAACAAAUGGAUCACGUGCUUUAUGGUAUUCUUUUGUGUUUGGUUAAUAAAUAAACGAUACGCAGUUUUAAUUGGUGUGAUUGUAUUGUCAACUGCUACUUUCGUACUGCCAGCUACACCGACUGAUUGUUCGAAUCCUCGAAUACACGUCAAAGUUCCAUUCGAUUACAUGGAAAAAUUAUGCGUCAACGAGAAAAAAUGUUUCAAAAUAAAAUGCACAUUGUCUGAUCUACCUCAGAGUUACAGUGUGAUUCCAUCAGAUAAUAAAAUCAUGUUCAAAGAUGAAUACUGUUCAAUUAGAAAGCCAGAAUAUUGGGAUGAUUGGGUUCUUCACUAUUUCAAAUCAGCAAAUAACAGUGAGAGUUUAUACCUUGCUGAUUUUGAUGGAGAUGCUCUUGUUAAUAUCAUCGAAUAUUAUGGAAACCAAUCCUUCAUUGAAAAAGACAAAGUCCGAACACGAAGAAAUGUCAUCAAUGUUGAAGAACUUGGUACAAAUCCAUUAAAUCCAGAUUCUGAUGGCGACCUUCUGCUUGACGGAUUUGAAUAUUUCAAUAACAUGAGUCCAGUGAAAAAGGACGAUUCAAAAGCAGAUGCUGAUGGUGAUGGGUUGACAAAUUUAAAAGAACAAAUUCUCAGAACUGAUCCCCUAAAUCCAGACACUGAUGGUGACGGAGCUUUGGACGGGGCUGAAGUAAAAAAUAAUGCUGACCCUCGAGAUCCAAUUGAUAGAGGGAUGCCACCUCCAGAUACCCAAGACGUAUUAAUUAGAAUUACAAUUGGUGACCACAGCGGAAGUCAUUCAGAAAGGUAUGUAAUGUAUGUCGGAGAUGUAUCUCAUCAAUCUCCUGGUUUUGGUUUGGUUGGUUCAGGAAAUUACAAUUUCAAGCCUGGUUCAUAUCCAAUCAGAAUACAGCACGUUGCAACAAAUCGUAAUACACCGGAUUACGAUUAUACAGCUUCGGUUACAAAAGUUGGAGGUCAAGGAAAAAUCACUGUUCAAGAUCCUCAAGGAAUUCUUGGGAGUCACGAUGAAAGUUCUUAUGAUUAUACCAAAGGGAAAAGUGCAACAUUAGUAGUAGAAACGGAUUGUACCGAGGAAAAGAAAGCAACUGAUUGCUCGUGCAUAAAAGCAUGUGAAGAAUGUCGCGCAAAGAAAAAGUGUUAUUGGAAUAAAUCUUACUGCAGAGAUAAAAAAUUUCUUGACGAUAUUAUUCCUAUCCCAAAUAUUCUCUUUUUAACAGCGGCUAAUUGCGCUUGUGAAAAGUGCCAGAAAUGGGCCGAACGUGAAAAGAGUGAUAAUGCGUGGUUGCUUGAUUUAAAUAAGAAUUUUAAAUGUCCAUGCAAAGUCAGAAAAAAUCCAUGGUACAAAUUGGGAUUGGAAGCAAUUGACAACCCAUCAAACAAAGUCUGGGAUAUAGACGGUGCAUGUAUUGGUAAUGGAGCUCCAAUGUGCUUUUACUUUCACCCAGGAGCUGAUGGCUGUCUCCGCUCUUCUGCUACAAGUCAAUAUGGAGCCAGACAACAGUGUUGUUACAAUAAAAGUGGAACUUUGUUACGGCCAGGUCACCCUGGAGCAGGAACACCUGAUAAAUCUGUGGAAAACCAUAAAGAAGACGAUGUAGAGCCAUAUGCGUGGUGUUGCAAAGAUUGUGAUAAAAAAGAUAGCUGUGAUCGAUACAUCAAACAAGCAAGAGCAGGUGAUGCUUCUCACUGCAUCUAAAUCAAAACUGGUUAUUUUACUACGCACUGUCUUCACUUGUAUAUAGGAACAAGAAAAUGACGUGAGCCUUAAGCCCUUAGAUUUAACCAUCUUAAAUUUUUAUUGUUUUUUUUAAUUAUAAUAUGAAAAAGUUGAUUUAAUCCAUGGUUU